AUGGACGAAUCGCCAGUCCUUCGAGUCACUUGCAUUCCAGAAAUCAUCCACCUCAUUAGUGUCCAUCUCCAUCCUCAACAUCUCGUCUGCGCGGUCCAAGUCUCCAAGGUCUUCCACAAGGCGUUUUUACCUUACCGCUGGCAAAUCCUCGAUACGACCGCCCGAAGACAGGGACAAGACGAUUUUACAUGUUUCCCUAGCAAUCCCAGUCCAGAGACGCUCUCGCACCAAAAGCUGUGUACAGGAUCCUUGAAUGGGUCUUUUGGUCUUCAUCAUCUCUGGCGAGACUAUGACGAGAUCAAGAACAGACCCCACGAAGACACUCACGCUCUUCAAAAUUGCUUCAUGGGAUUCAUAACCAACAUGCUCGACUACGAUUCAAGAUUCAUGGUCGUGCUACUCGCCCAGAGAAACCAUCAUAGCUUGCAACGCCUCGAGUUGAAGGAUCUUGACGGGGAGAGGAGGGAUGAAUGCUUUCAUGGAUUUUUGUUUCGAUUUCUCAACCUCUUGCCCACGCUGGACAGACUACGCGCUUUAAAGAUUGGGUCGAUGCCGUUGCACUUUGUCGUGGAGGUGUUUAUUCAUCUACCAGAUCAAGUCGAGGACCUUUCCUUGGAAGCCGACUAUGAAUACGAGCGAGAAGAUGCUUCGGAGGACAGAGACGAUUCAGAGGACGGAGACCACUCGGAGGAUGGAGACUACUCAGAGGAUGAAAACUACUCAGAGGAUGAAAACUACUCGGAGGACGGAGGCCAUUCGUGGUAUGGAGAUGGCUCGGAUGAUGGUUGGGGGAACGAUCGACAAUACAAAGGACACCCAUUUGGGUGCAACUAUGAUCUUUAUGAGGCAUGGGUACGAUCAUACUGUAAAGGAGCCGGCUUUGACGGUUCUGAUGACACCGCCGGGCCGCCUCAACGCUUGCGUCAAGGCCCAAAAAGAGAUGACCGUCCACCCUACGUGCUUGGACGGUUGAUGGCCACAAUGUCGGACAGGACGCGUUUGAGGACGUUGAAGCUCUUUGGAUGGUUCCCUUCUGGUAUUCCCUGGGUCCUUUUAGAGAUGUUACGACACUCACCCAACCUAACCUCACUCGGUCUCCCAACCAUGACCGAUAUUAAAGAGGGCGAUUGGGAUGCGUUUUUGAACCAGCUUUUGCGGCUUCAAGAUCUUCACCACCUGGAUAUGAGACAACAUAACCGACAAACACAGCAACAGCAACAGCAACAGAAGCAGCUAUCGACCGAGUCAAUGGCGAUCGAUCGCGUCCAAGCUCGAGACUUUUCGCCAUCAAAAGUAGCAAGGGUACGGUCAUUUAGAAUGCCUGAGGAAGUGAAAUUUUCAUUGAGUUUUCAAUCCGCAUGGGCAUUGUAUCUCCCGACUUUGGAAGGCUUCCUCGCUCGAGGAUUUACGGAAACCAUUACCGGACGCCAAGUUGUGGUUAUGUUGAAGACCUGUCCACGACUGAAAACCAUGGUGGCCAACAGCAAAUACUCUGGUGGAGGGACUAAAGUAUGUUGGCGCAAUUUCGUUCGAGGUCGACCCACGGAAGCCAACCUACCAUCGGACUCUCAGCUGCUGAACACGACGUGGCCAUGCGCUGAAACACUGACUGUGCUCUCCAUCUUCCUUAAGGUUGGUUCUACAAUGGUGUCGGAAGAGGAUUCGUUGCAGACUGCCGAGAGGGUCUUUCAACGACUAGGACAGUUCAAGGUCUUGGAGGACCUGUCAGUCGGGUGCAAUCACAAGCCUGUGGGUUAUAAAAGGCAUUCGGGCGCUUAUAGGAUCGAGGUCUCGUUAAAUUGGACGUUUGGACAUGGACUGGGCCAUCUCUACUUACUCCGAAGGCUCCGACGCGUAGAUCUUGAACGGUUGUGGCGGCACAAUGUCACUCGGGAGGAGUUGGAGUGGAUGGUCAAAUCCUGGCCGAACUUGGAGCCUUUGACGGGUCUUGCUUGGCAUGGAGACAAAAAACCGACGAGAUUACACAACAAGGAUUUGCAGUGGAUUAAGCGUCAGUUGACUGGACCAUGUAACUGA